CUCUGUGAAUAUGCAUGUAAUGCGUGGACGGAAACCAUUACAGACCGUCAGCCGUUACCGAUACGCUUAGACCCGCGUGUAAUCAGUACAAACACAUUCAUUUGUGAUUAGUUACGGCAUUUGCUGCGCCAUUUGAGGGAGAAACAGUAUAAGAUUUUCCAGAUAUGAGGACAUUGAUUGUGCUGGGUUUGAUUUACAGUCUGGGAUGUAUUUACCUGACUGAGGCUCAGUUUCCCAGAGUCUGCUGCACCGUGGAGGCCAUCGUGUCUAAAGAGUGCUGUCCCCCGCUGGGAUCGGAUCCGAACAAUGUGUGUGGGGUUCUGUCCGGCCGGGGAAACUGCAGCGACGUCCAUGUGGACUCUAAACCCUGGGGAGGACCGUACAGGUUAAGAAAUGUGGACGACCGGGAGAGAUGGCCGACUAAGUUUUUCAAUCGGACCUGUCGAUGUUUUGGUAACUUUGCUGGUUAUAACUGUGGCGAGUGUAAAUUUGGCUGGAGGGGGCCGAACUGUGACCAGCGCAAAGCUCCCAUUGUAAGGAAGGACAUUCACUCUCUGACUGCCGAUGAGCUGCAGGAGUUCCUGGAUGUUCUAGAUCUGGCCAAAACCACCGUCCACCCUGAAUACGUCAUCGCCACACAACACUGGCUGGGCCUGCUGGGACCCAACGGCACCGAGCCGCAGUUCAACAACAUCUCCAUCUACGACUUCUUCGUCUGGCAGCACUAUUACUCUGUCCGAGACACAUUACUAGGUCCAGGACGUCCUUUUAAAGCCAUUGACUUUUCCCACAAGGGUCCGGCAUUCAUCACCUGGCACAGAUACCAUCUGCUCAGUCUGGAGAGAGAACUACAGAAACUUACAGGUAACGAGAACUUUGCUGUCCCGUACUGGAACUUUGCGACGGGUCGGACGGAGUGUGACGUCUGCACAGAUUCUAUGCUCGGAGGACGGGACCCCAGUGACCCGUCCCGUAUCAGCCCUCGCUCCAGGUUUGCCCGCUGGGGAGUGGUGUGUGACAGUCUGGAUGAGUAUAAUCGUCUGGUGACCUUGUGUAACGGGACGAGCGAGGGAUCUUUGCGCAGAGGAAUCAUGGAGAGCACUAAUGUGACUUUACCAACCAUGAAUGAUGUCAGAAGCUGCCUGAACCUCAGAGACUUUGACAGUCCACCGUACUUCACCAACUCCAGCUUCAGCUUCAGGAACGCACUGGAAGGAUACGAUAAGCCAGACGGUGAGCUGGACAGCUCUGUGUCCAAUUUGCACAACCUGGUUCACGUGUUUCUCAACGGGACCAGCGCUCUGUCCCACUCCGCCGCCAAUGACCCAAUCUUUCUGGUGCUUCAUGCAUUCACCGAUGCCAUAUUUGAGGAAUGGAUGAGACGUUCCCGUGAAAACGCCAGCUUCCCGGAUGAGAUGGCCCCUAUCGGACACAACCGGCAUUACAACAUGGUGCCCUUUUUCCCACCUGUGACAAAUGAGGAGAUCUACAUCGCAUCUGAGCAGCUGGGAUAUUCCUAUGCCAUUGAACUCGAAGAAACAGAUAACAGGCCGGCCAUGUUUCUGCUGGGCACCACACUGGGAGGAAUCUUCCUCGGUCUGCUCCUGAUGCUCCUCCUGUUGGUGCUGUACAUCCAGCAGAGGAGAAAGCGCGAGUUCGAGCCUCUCCUGAACGCAGAGUUCACCACCACAAAAUACACAGAGGAAGCGUAAUUCACAUCCACACACACACCUCUCAGUCCCAAAUCCUCAUGCCCUCAAAUGCUGGCCAGGUAGGCACCUCACUAGGUUUUGGAACAGAUCCGUUGCAUGCAGAGCAAAACACUGAUGAUUGAGAAAAUCAGUAAAUCACAAACUCUUUUGAUGGUUAGAGAGCAGCAAUGAUUCAACGAGUCUGCUGAAGUGUAUCAGCUGCUAUGAAAUGUAUAGAAAGCACUUGAACAUGCAAAUGAAAAGCACAUAUUUAUAUACACUGCAGUUCAAAAGUUUGGGAUUAGUAAGACUUUUUUAAAGAAAUUAAUAUUUUUAUUCAGCAAGGAUGCAUUAAAUUGAUGAAAAGUGACAGUAAAGACAUUUAUAAUGCUUUUCAACAUACUAGAAUGAUUUCUGAAGGAUCAUGUGACACUGAAGACUGGAGUAAUGAUGCUGAAAAUUAAGCUUUGCAUCGCAGGAAUAAAUUACAUUUUAAAAUGUAUUCACAGAGAAAAGUGUUAUUUUAAAUUGUAAUAUAUUUCAUAAUUUUUACAGUAUUUUUGAUCAAAUAAAUGCAGCCUUGGUGAGCAUUUAAGAGGAAAUCUUACUGACCCCAAACUUUUGAACAAUAGCGUGUAUCUUUGAUUAAUAAAAAGAAAAUAGUGAAAAAUUAGCCUCAUUUUUGUCUGUGUAUGUUCUUAAUAAAAGGUUAAUCAUUUACUGUAUGCAUAGUUUUCAUAUUUCUACAUUACAUUUUUCCUUAACUAUGGUAAAGGUCAAAUGUCUGUGCCAUUAAUUUUAAAGAAACAGUUCACCCCAAAAUAACAUUUUACAGUAGUUCAUAUGACUGGUGCUCAAGACUUCUGAAGUCAUGUGGUGCUUUAUGUAAAGAACAGAUUAAAAUCUGCUGCUAAAUAUCUUUCUGCCUGUUGGAGCUCAUAAAUCUCAUUCAUGUGACCGAUCAUUGAAAACAAUGAGAUUUAAGAGCUGCAGCAGAGAAGAUUAACAAUGAACCUUGAAUUUAGUCUGUUCUCAGACUUUACAGUUUAACUGUACAGAAAGAAAAAGCUCAGACAUGCUGCUUAGCAGCUUUGUGUUUCAUGGAAGACAGAAAACAAUAGAGUUUAAAUGACUUAGUAAAUUAUGGCAAAAUAUUGAUUUUUGGGUGAAUUAUUCCUGCAAAUGCAAAUAAACUC